GCAACUUUUUCUUGUGGCUGAGGCAGCUUACGCGAGGUGAUUUUAUGUGAAGCUGUUCAGCGAUCUGAAGUACAAAGAAAUCAGUUGUCACUCGAUAUCAGCCGUCAUCGCACCGAUGCUCCUUCGAUCUCCUGGCUUCGUGAAAGCACCAGAAUUCUUGAUCAUUUGAAUAUAACAGUUACGACUCUUGACACGUUGUUCAUAACUACCCGCAUAUUCUGGGCAAUACGUGUUCACUAGGAAGGACACGUCAUAUGCAAUAUAAAUGCAAUGUUUGUGUUACCCGAUGGACACCAGAUCUCUCCAUAAAUGUCAUUUCACACGCAAAUACGACGCCGUCAAAACCAAAGGCGCGCUCGAAGUCGAAUAACCGCUUAUUCUUCUCUGUCUAUCGCAUUCUUUGCUAUACUCACGAUUAUAUGUCUAUGUCCGACCUCUGUAAAGGCGAGUUCUAAUGAUAGAAUUGAUGGACCUGUCAUUGGUAUAGACCUGGGAACCACAUAUUCUUGUGUUGGGGUACAGCGAGGCAGUGGUGUAGAAAUCAUCGCGAACGAUCAAGGUCAUCGUAUCACACCGUCUUGGGUUAGCUUCAAGGACAAUGAAAGAUUAAUUGGGGAGAGUGCCAAACACGCAUUUCAUUCCAAUCCGCAUAAUACGGUUUUCGACGCCAAGCGUUUAAUCGGACGUAGGGUCGACGACCCAGACGUACAGAAAGACAUCAAACAUUGGCCCUUCAAAGUACAGGAGAAGAACGGAAAACCGGCGAUUUCUGUACAAUAUGAGGGCAAAUCGCUUGACUUGUAUCCAGAAGAAAUCAGCGCCAUGGUACUUUCCAGGAUGAAGGAGGUAGCUGAAGCAUAUCUGGGGCAAAAGGUCUCGCACGCCGUAGUCACUGUCCCUGCGUACUUCAAUGAUGCCCAACGCCAGGCCACGAAAGAUGCAGGAACGAUCGCGGGACUGAACGUCGUUCGCGUCAUGAGCGAGCCUACUGCUGCCGCCCUCGCAUACGGCCUCAACAAGAAAGGCUCAGAAUCCAAGAUCAUCGUCUACGACCUUGGUGGAGGAACCUUUGACGUAUCUCUGCUCUCCAUUAAGGAUGGCGUUUUCGAAGUUCUCGCCACAGCUGGAGACACUCACCUCGGAGGCGAAGACUUUGACAAUCGUGUCAUCGACCACCUAGUGAAGAAGUACAAGCAGAAGACAGGGACUGACGUCUCAACGAACCAGAAGACGACGGGAAAGCUAAAGAAGGAGGUGGAGAACGCCAAGCGUACGCUGUCAACGCAGCAGAGCACUCGGAUCGAGAUCGAGAGUUUCGAGAAUGGGAACGAUUUCUCGGAAACGCUGACAAGGGCCAAGCUCGAAGAGCUCAACAUGAGCCUUUUCAGGAAGACCAUGAAACCUGUUGAACAGGUUCUCAAAGACGCAGACAUUUCGAAGGAUGAUAUCGAUGAAAUCGUUCUUGUCGGCGGAUCUACGCGCAUUCCCAAAAUUCAGCAAAUGCUCAGGGAUUAUUUCGGGAAAGAGCCGUCUAAGGGUAUCAAUCCUGACGAAGCUGUCGCAUACGGCGCUGCCGUGCAAGGGGGUAUCCUCUCCGGUAUCGAAACAGGAGCUACAGUAGUCGACGUCUGCCCUCUGACACUGGGUAUCGAAACGACCGGUGGCGUAAUGACAAAACUCAUCCCUCGUAAUACCAUCAUCCCAACACGCAAAAGUCAAAUUUUCUCUACCGCGGCGGAUAAUCAACCCACAGUCCUUAUUCAAGUCUUCGAGGGAGAGAGGGGGAUGACGCAGGACAAUAACCUCUUGGGCAAAUUUGAAUUGACAGGCAUCCCGCCGGCUCCGAGAGGCGUUCCUCAGAUUGAAGUAACCUUUGAAGUCGAUGCCAAUGGUAUCAUGAAAGUGUCCGCUGCUGAUAAGGCAACUGGAAAAACGGAGAGCAUUACUAUCAAGAACGAAAAAGGACGUCUUAGUCAAGACGAGAUUGACAGAAUGGUCGUGGAGGGCGAGAGAUUUGCCGAACAAGAUAAGCUUCGAAAGGAUCAGAUCGAAGCGCUAAACGCCUUGUCGUCGUUCAUCUAUGGGCUCAAAAGCCAACUAAAUGACCAAGAGGGACUUGGAGGAAAACUCGAUGCAUCCGACAAGAACACUGUUUCGGAGGUAAUCCAUGAGACUAUAGAUUGGAUCGAGGAUAGCGGGACAAGUGCUACCACAGAGGACUUGGAGGAAAAAUUAACUGAGAUUCAAAGUACUAUAAAUCCUAUUACCGCCAAGCUGUAUCAUUCACCCGGUCCGCAAGAAUGGGAAUGGGAGCGCCCAGACGAUGAGUUGUAGAAGCGCACGUAGCAUACCCAUCAUUGUACAUCUACUAGCAUACUACUUUACUGCCAGGACAGCUUCAGGAGUUACGAG